UUAAUGUGUUGGUGAUUAAAGUUCUCAACUUGGAAUUCUGGUGGAGACAGAUCCUAAUAAAAUCAAAAGGGAAAUAAUGUAUGAAUGAUGACCAGUGAUAACUUUCAAACAACAAUGGUGAGAUUGGUCGGUCACAUGGAAGCGUCACCUAUAGAAAUGAAUGUCUUUCACAGUGAGGAAAAGAGCGAGCAAUGGACCAGCAUACAGUGCAAUCACAUGUGAUUUAUGUCAGUCCAGAAAACAUUACUAUCCUGUGGGAUGACAGACAACAAAUGGUAUGAGCACACAAGAGCGUGUGUGUGUGUGUGUGUGUCAGAGACAAGGGGAAACGGGGAGUGCUCUGCUGUGUGGAAAUGAGAGAGAAAGCUAACAUUCUCCAUCACGCACCCUCCCUUACCUUUCCCCCACUGCUUUGGGCUCCUUAAAAGCCGCCGCCAGUGGUGUCUGUCAGCCUCAUUAUCACUUUGUCUUGGCUUGAGAGAAUUAUAUAGCCCUUCUGACACAGACAAACUGCAGUCAGCUGAACGAAACUAAGCUCUUUACAGAAAACAGCUGUGCUAAGGGACUGGACUUUUGCUACCUGUGAGUGGACAAGUUUCAGUGUGAGAUGCAUCUGUAUUUAAACAUCCUGGUGCUGCUCCUCCUGCAGCUGGCUCCGUCCAGCCCGAUGCCGCUGACCACGCGGUCCAGAGGAUGCCCUGCCUGUAAUGCAAAGCCCUCACAGGGUCGCCCACAGGUAGAUUUAAAUGCCACCGCUCUGGCUGUCGGAGAAACAUGUGGGGUCUACACUCGGAGCUGUGCCCACGGGCUGCGCUGUGCACCUCCAGAGGAGGAGCCGAGGCCUCUCCGUGCCCUGCUGGAAGGCAGAGGAGUCUGCAGUGAUGCCGGGGGUGCCGGCCCCACUGAGCAGACCAACACUGCAGAUCCAGCACCCACUGAGGAUCCGGAGGAGGCUCCAUGUCGUAAACUGUUAACGACACUCAUCCAAGGUCUUGAUGCCCAUUUAUUCAAGUCUAAUCAUGACAUCUACAUGCCCAACUGUGACAAGCUGGGUUUCUUCAGAAAGAAGCAGUGUUGGUCGUCCCGAGGGAAGCAGCGGGGCAGGUGUUGGUGUGUGGAUAAGAACGGCAUGCCAGCAUCUUCCAACACCAAACACAAAGGCAGCCUGAGCUGUUGAACCGCAUGAAUAACUGGACGAAAGCAGAGGAGGCAGAAGCUUCAUGAUCAAUAUGAGAUGGAGAUGAAGGAACAUCAUACAAACUGGAAAUGCUUCAUUCAACAUCAGCCAGAAGCAGCUCUCCACCGAUGAAAAUCUGUUUCAAACUCUUAGUAACUUUGUCUCCUUGCGCCCUCUACUGAACACACAAAGACUCUAUUCAUCUGAUUGGUCACAUUGGAGCGAGUUGCUCUGCUCAUACAACCUGUCUCCAAAUAAUUUAGAGAACUCAGUCGUCAAUUAGGUCCCAUACCCGCUUUUAUUGGAACAGUUGGAAACAUGUUUUUAUAUUGCUGAAUAUAUACCACACUAGGUGUAACUUGGUCUUUUGUAUGCACUUAUUAUAUCAUAUUUAUAUAUUUUCAGUAUUUUUGUUUACACUGAAACCACUUUAAUUGUAUAACUGUAAUUUCUGUACAUAAUCUACAAAUGUAAUCCUAUUUAUGUUAAUUUGAAUUAAUUUUAUUUAAGUUAAUAUUUCUGAUACUUUGAGUAGCCCAUAAGAGCAAAAUAAUGGCGGCAUUGUUUUUUUGUCCAGACUAUUAUUUAGUAUUGUCAACUUUCAAACAACUGCACAAAGUAAUUUUAAAAAACUGAUACUGAAAGACAAUAUGACAUAUUAUGUUGUUUGAGUUCCUGAAUAAUUGUAAUAAAAACAAAAACAAAAGAUUGAUUUACCAUAUUUUGGAAAUAAAACUACAUUUUCUGACAAAGUAAAUCCAUCUGGUCUCUUAAUUCAAUAUGAUUGUUCAAGAGGACAGUAAGAACAGGGAGAAGAAGAGAAAGAAACAUUUCACACAGGUAUUUGUCAUGGCUAGAUGCAUGAUUGAGGGCAACAGAGUUAAUGUAACAAUACAUGCAAACAUGUAUUUUGUUAUCGUAAUGGCUUCUUUAAAAAUAAAGAACAGCAGAAAGUAACUGAAAGGAGACUUAAGGUAUUUUGAAAUCAACACCCCCCAGUAUCACCUGCUUAUAAUCUCUGUACAAUCUCAAUAUUUCGCUGACUCCUGUGACUAUUACUAAGAGAAUACAGACCUGUUGGGAGUCUGCUUCGCCAUAGUUGCAGAAAGCAUCAUGAUGUUCAUAAUAACUAAUAAUACAACAGUGAGACAAGAAUUACAAAGAGUGACAUCAUGAUGAGAAACAGAAAAAUAAAAUAAAAACGUAUUUUCCGCAAAACCGUGUUUCUCUUUACUUUGUGUGAAAGACCUCUUAAGGCCUCAAAUGACACAACAUGAGAUGGAAACUACAAGGUCAACCGACAGUGACUACAAUUUUACAUAAGUAUCUAUCACAAUGCAUUGUGGAACAUUUUCCCAAUCACUCAAUCAAUCAAUCAAUCAAUCAAUCAAUCAAUCAAUCAAUCAAUCAAUCAAUCAAUCUUCAUUCAUAUAGUAACUUUCAAACAAAUCAAAUGUAAUUCAUGCUUUCCAGAUGACAGAAAACAGGAUGUUAAAAGUGAAUUAAGAGUCAAUACA